AUGUCUCUCCUCGACAAAUUUUCACGAACGGUGCAACACGCUUGCUUGCUCCUGGGCAUGUAUGUUGCCGCCUCGGUGGCUAGACCCUGUGACAUUUAUCAGUCUUACGGCACACCAUGCGUCGCGGCGCAUAGUACUACACGGGCCUUGUACGCCAACUACACUGGCGAACUGUAUCAAGUGAAGCGCGGCUCCGACCAGGCAACCAUCAAUAUCACACCAAUCUCUGCCGGAGAAGUAGCUGAUGCUGCCGCUCAAGAUUCUUUCUGCGCCCGGACAACUUGUCUUAUUACUAUCAUCUAUGAUCAGUCCGGUCAUGGUAACCAUCUCACCCAGGCACCGCCCGGAGGCGCUGGCAGUGGCCCUGAAGCAAAGGGUUAUGACUCCCUAGCAAGCGCCAUUGGCGCGCCUGUUACAGUCCACGGCAAAAAGGCAUAUGGUGUGUUCAUUGCGCCUAAGACUGGAUAUCGCAAUAAUAAAGCGAAACAUACUGCUACUGGAGACCAGGCGCAGGGCAUGUAUGCCGUCCUUGACGGCACCCACUACAGUACUUUCUGCUGCUUUGACUAUGGCAAUGCCGAGAGAGACAACAAAGACACGGGUGGUGGUAAGAUGGAAGCUAUAUACUUUGGCAUUGGCGGUUUUCACGGCUCCGGCCGUGGGCCUUGGGUUCAAGCCGACCUGGAAGAUGGCAUGUUUGCAGGCCACGACCACGGCCGGAACCACAAGAAUCCUAGCAUGACUUCUCGCUUUGUUACUGCUGUGGUGAAGGGCAAGGCCGGACGUUUUGCCAUCCGUGGUGGUGACGGGGCGUCGGGCACUCUGUCGACGUUUUAUAAUGGCAAACGACCCAAUGGAAUGUAUGCCAAGAUGCGAAGAGAGGGGGCAAUUGUGCUCGGCAUCGGUGGUGAUAAUAGCAAUAGGGGCCAAGGUACUUUCUACGAAGGCGCCAUGACCAAGGGCUAUCCGUCCGACAAGGCUGAGGCCAAAGUCCAGGAAGAUAUUGUCAAGGCAGCCAAGUACGCUACCACUUCUUUGAUCAGUGGCCCUCCCUUUGUUGUUGGCUCUCGUGUUUCGCUUCGGGUCACCACGCCCUGCUGCAACACGAGAUAUAUUGCUCACAGUGGAGCCACUAUGAAGACGCAAGUCGUGUCAUCCAAGAGUAGCCAGCAGCUUAAAAAGGAAGCCAGCUGGAUUGUUCGUGGAGGACUUGGCUUCGACGGCUGCUUCUCGUUUGAGUCUGUCGAUUCGCCUGGCCAUUUCAUACGCCUCGACCACAAUUAUCGCCUUGAGCUUGCCGCCAAUAAUGGCAAGAAGUUGUUUCAUGAAACAGCUACCUUUUGUCCGGAGGCCGGUCUUUACGGUCAAGGUAGCUCGUUGCGAUCCUGGGCUUAUCCUGCUCGCUACUGGCGGCACUUCAACAACGAUCUAUAUGCUGCGAGUAAUGGGAAUCCUUAUUACUUUGAUGCCCAUUGGAGGUUUAACGAAGACGUGAGCUUUGUGGCUGCCAAGAGUUUUGCGUAA